CUCUCAACCAUUAGCUCCAUCAGUGUUUAACCCAUAGACUGUAUACAACCCGUUGGUUAGUUAGUAGGUUAGUUAUAUAGCGGUAACUAACCCUCCUCUCAUCCGAGUAGCACUGAACCGGUCCAGCUCAAUAAGGUUAAAGUGGAGGUUUCCCAUCGGAAACCUGUGAGUCUGUAAAGGGGUGUGACGACGACAACAACAACAACAACAACAGCAGCAGCAGCAGCGGCAGCAGCGUUUCCUGGAUGUAGCUGUCCGUAUCCAGCAUCAGUUUACCGGAGAACCGCUUCAUCAGCAGGUCGGUGGCUUCAUUCGCCCGCUGCUCGAGGGAUAAUUCUCCGGUCUUCCCAGACUGUCAGCGGCUAAACUCUCCGUUAAAAUCAGAGCUCUGUCUUAGCAUGAGCGAAGGAGAAGUGUUCCAUGAGAAGCAACGACUGGAGCUGUGCGCGAUCCAUGCCCUGAACAACGUGCUCCAGGAGCGGGUGUUCACCAAGGAGACGGCCGACGACAUCUGCAAACGGUUGGCGCCUCAGUGUGUGGUGAACCCUCACCGCUCAGUGCUCGGUACCGGAAACUAUGACGUCAACGUCAUCAUGGCGGCGCUGCAGAGCCGAGAGCUGGCGGCGGUGUGGUGGGACAAACGCAGGACGGUCCAGAGUCUGGUCAUGUCCAAGGUCCAGGGCUUCAUCCUUAACGUCCCGUCUCGGGUCUCGCUCGGCAUCGUCUCGCUGCCUCUGAGGCGACGCCAUUGGCUGGCGGUCCGGCAGGUGAACGGUCAGUACUACAACCUGGACUCCAAGCUGAAGAGUCCGGUCUGCAUCGGAGGAGAAGCAGAACUCCGGACGUUUCUCAGCGAACAGCUUUCUCAGGACGUUGCAGAGAUGCUGCUGGUGGUCCGGAGGGAGGUGGAGGAGGACGGAUCGUGGCUCAACGCUGACAGGAAGUGACUCCUUCAGACAGGAAGUGACUCCUUCAGACAGGAAGUGACUCCGAGUAGCAUGACGGAAGAAGAAGAACUCCUCUGGGAAAACGACAGACUUCUUCUUUUUGUUUUAUUUUUUAAACAAACACCUCGUUUUGAGAAAAAUGUCUUCAGGGAAUGCACUAAAAAUAAUCUCACAGAGGAAAACCCAAAGAGAAGCAGAGGAGAAGUUUUACUCCCAACAGCUGCUCGAUUGUCUAAGUCUUUCUCCGUUUUCCACCCGACUCUCGGUACGAUUUGAAGCCACUUUCUGCUGCAGGAACCCGUUUAGCUGCAGGAACGUUCCCAGUAGAACCUCAUUUAUUUAGAAACGAGCUCUAAAUCUAACGUUAAACUCUUCAGGUGACUUUCCUUUAUCUUCUUUUUGCCAUACAGUGGUGCUCAGAAGUUUACAUUUCCUGGCAGCAAUAGUGAAAUAUAGUUCCUUUUUUUAAAACUAGAAAAUGUGUUUAAUCAUACAAACAUUUUCUUUCGUUUAGGGCCACACAGUUUUAUUUGCUCUGAUGGUUCAUGUUUUCGUUCACGAACAUUUUGCUGAUUCUGUCAGAGAAUGUAAACGUCUGAGCUCAGCUGUAGAUUCUGACACGACAAACCUCCGUUGUUCUGCUUCUGGAGACGCAAACGUCUCAUUUUUCAGCAGAUUUUGCUGCUUUUAUGUCCAAAAACGUUCAUUUAGUUAGUUGACAUAAAUCUAGUCAACAGUUACCAAAAACUUGUCCAGAAUGAUUCGAUUAUUGUCUAAAUUAUGUCAGUUAUGGAUGAACUUGUGUCAUUUUGGACAGAUUUCACCGACUUUCAGACACAAUUUUGAUAAAUUUUAGGAAUUUUAGAAAAGUUCAAGUUAACAUUGAUUAGAAAAUGCCCCAAAUGACCCAAUUCUCAUUAAAAACAACAAAACGAGUUCAAAAUGACUAAAACUGAUGUAAAAUUCCUAAAAUGUGCUCAGAAUCAGGAGAAAUCUGUCCAGCAUGACCUCAGUUUAUCCAGAAUACAUCAAAUAUUGUCCAGAGUGACCCUAAUGACACUAAUUCAGGACAAACUGAGCUCAUUCCAGACUCAUUUUAGAAAAGUUUUAGUCAUUUUGGACUUAUUUUGAUUAUUUUUUGAUGAGAUUUGGGUCAUUUUGGGCAUUCUUUGGUAGUUUUAUUUACCUGAACUUUUCUAUAAUUCCUAAAAUUUGUCUCAAUUGUAUUAAAAAAGAAUCAAAAUUUGUCCAAAAUGGCUAAAACUCGUUCAAAAUGCAUAAAAAAUUGUACAGAAUGAUCCUGAUGUCACUAAAUUUUGGAUAAGCUUUUGUAAUCUUAGACAGAUUUCACCUCAUUUAGGAUUUUUAGAUCAGUUUUAGUCAUUUUGGACUAGUUUUGGCUCCUUUUUGAUGAGAUUUGGAUCAUUUUGGGCAUUUUUUAGGACUUUUGUUUACCUGAACUUUUAAAGACGAACAUUUAAAGGACUCUAAAAAGUGAGAAAAACAUUCAUUAAUCGCAUGCUACCGAGCUAAUCUCCAAAGUACUUUAGUUUUUCUUGUUUUUCUGCCUUCAGUCCCCACAUUUAUUAGUAUUUAAAUGUUUUAUUUUCUGCACAAACAGCUGGAACUUUGCGAGUUCCUGCGGUGGAUUCUCCUUUAGUUUGAACACUGGGACAAGAACCUGAGCGGUUCGUCUGAUGACACUUUAUAACCGACGGCCUCUAACUCUCUAUGCACUGCAGCUGGACGUCUUGUCUCCUACAGGUACCUGAAGGCAUCGCCCCGUGAGGCGUUGAAGGACCACGCCGCUGUUUCUGCAGGUUUUAAUCCGUUUACUGCACAUAAAAAUCCCGUUUUUAGAGAUUUAAAGUCCUGUGAUCCACCACAGCGGACCUCCUGCCAGCUUUUGUUUCACUUUUUGUUAUUAUCGUGUGCUGAAGCCGACGUCGCGUUCGUUGUGACGGAUCACCUCCAGAAUCAAAGUUUAAUCCGACGAGAGCAGCAGCUAACGAGGAGUUUUACUGUCGGUUAAUUAAUCAGCUGUUUGGGCUCUAAAACGUCAGAAAAUGGGGAAAAGAUCAAAAGCUCAGAUUAAAAACAACCCAAAAAAUGUGAAGUUUAAUCAAAUGAAAAUGUUCAAGUUUUCAUCAGAUUCUUAAUACUGAGAAUAUCUGAUGAAGUAUAAAUGUAUAGACUGGAACAGAUAAAAGUAAUGAUCAUAUGAGAAGUUGAUGUUUUCUUUAAUUCUGCUGUCAGGGCUGCAGCUAAUGGUUGUUUUUCUGAUGGGGGGGUUUGUCUCUAAAAUGUGCCUCAGAGUCUUGUACAAAAAUAUUCAGCAGAUGAGGAAAAAAAACAGAAAAUAUUCACAUUUAAGAAGCAGCAACUGGAGAAUUUAGAGUUUUUCAAUCAAAGUAAAUCAGCUGGCAGUAAGUCGUUGCAGCUCUACAGUAAAACUCCUCUUAGUUAAACUUUUUAGGUUAUUAUUGUGUAGAAAGGUGCAGAAACGGCGGCUCUGACUGUAUUUAAUAACCUCUGUUUGUUCCUGUUGAUCUAUGCAUAUCCAAAACCAGAAACACACUAGUGACUAACUCAGAGGUUCCUAAUAUUAAAGCUUAUUUAUAAUAAACAUUUUUGUUUUCAGUACAAA